GUAGCUUUGCAAGAUUUUAAGCUUCACAAUGAUCGCUCACUUUUUCUUUAUUAUACUUGUCCAUCUUGUUCUUCCCUUCCCUGUUGAGUCCUCCCGUUCUUUGCAUCCCCACAAAACCAAUGCUUCCGAUGAGCAGGCUCUCUUGGCAUUCAAGUCCGCAAUCGAGUAUGAUCAACUCAAUUCAUUCGCAACAUGGACUUCUAACGUCUCAUUCUGCAACUGGAAAGGGAUCUCCUGUUCUCACCGCAGGCAAAGGGUCGUCUCUCUCAAUCUCUCCACCGUGGGUUUGGUAGGUACCAUCUCCCCUUCACUUGGCAAUCUCUCAUUUCUUAGGAUUCUUGACCUCAGUAGAAAUAACCUUCGUGGUCAUAUUCCUUAUGAGUUAGGAAACCUCUCUCGCUUACAGAAUCUCUACUUAUACAAAAAUCAGCUAGAAGGUUCAAUUCCAGCGAUUCUUGGUGCCUGCCAUAAUAUAAUAGAGUUAUCUCUUGCGGCAAACCAUUUGACUGGAGGAAUUCCUUCAACUCUGGGUUUCCUCCCAAAUUUAAUUUCCAUUGAGCUAUACCGCAAUAAUUUGACAGGUAACAUUCCCAAAACCUUGGGAAACAUAUCCUCUUUGAAAUAUAUAUAUUUAUCCGAGAACAAUCUUGAGGGGUAUAUUCCUUGGGAACUGGGUAUGCUUUCUCAACUUAGUGUCCUGUUUUUGCCUUUAAACCAUCUUACUGGAGGAAUUCCUCCCUCCUUGUCAAAUUGCACUUCUCUGCAGGAAAUGGACUUCACUGUUAAUUACUUAUCUGGUGAGAUUCCAACGAAGUUGUUCUCUAGGACUAUCCACUUGACAGAAUUGUAUAUGGGUGCUAACAAUUUCAGUGGCAGGAUUCCUGUCACUCUCUUCAAUUGUUCGCAACUUCAAAUUCUCGUCUUAGCCGACAACCUGCUGAGUGGAAUAGUGCCCUCGGAGUUGGGAAAGUUGCGUAGACUUACGCACCUUUAUCUGUGGGGUAAUCGGUUUACUAGUGGUAGCACCACAAGCUUACCCUUUCUCACUGCUCUUAGUAAUUGUUCAUUUGUUAGAGUAAUAGAGUGUUCACAUAAUCUUCUCACAGGUCUCAUAACCUCAUCUGUCGGACAACUUUCUACAAAUCUAGAAUAUUUAGGCCUGACUGGGAACAUGAUAAUAGGAGAUAUUCCUUUGCAGAUUGGAAACCUCACCAAUUUAACUAGGCUAGGUUUAGAUGGAAAUCUUUUGACCAGUGAGAUUCCUUCUGCAAUCGGUAUGCUUCAAAGGUUGGAGAGACUAUACUUGGGUUACAAUAAUUUACAAGGAAACAUCCCAAUGGAGAUUGGCCAGCUUAAGAACCUAGGGCUUCUAGCUCUUCUAUAUAAUAAUAUUUCUGGAACUAUUCCAGACUCCCUUGCCCACCUCGACCAGAUAAGAGUACUGUACCUUCAAGGCAACGACUUAACAGGAACUAUUCCGUCAAGUUUAUGUGAAUGCACUAAGUUAGAACUGCUUGAUCUGUCAUACAAUAAGCUGCAUGGACGCAUACCUCCACAGGUGGCAGGACUUUCAAAUUUAGCUAUAUAUUUCAACCUUUCAAAUAAUUUCUUGGAGGGCCCCUUGCCUGCAGAACUCAGCAAGAUGGAUAAAGUUCAAACUAUAGAUAUUUCAGCAAAUCAAUUAACAGGCUAUAUUCCAGAUAAAAUAGGAGAUUGUGUAGCACUUGAAUACCUGAAUUUUUCUUUUAAUAAAAUUGAAGGAGGGAUUCCAGAUUCCCUAGAGAAACUUCAAGAUCUCAGAGGCUUAGAUUUCUCUUACAACAAUUUGACAGGAAGGAUUCCAUUGGCAUUAGAAAAGCUUAAAGUGCUUCAGCAUCUUAACUUGUCUAUAAACAAGUUGUCAGGAGAAGUUCCAAAAGAUGGUGUUUUCAAAAGGCUUAAUGCAACAUCAUUUACUGCGAAUCUUGCGCUAUGUGGACCUUGGGUAAUGUUACCACCAUGCUCUGCUCCCAAACAUAAGAGUCUCAGACAUCUAAAAAGUGUGUUCAUACCCAUUGGGACUGCAGUGUUUGUUAUAUGCUGUAUUGUCAUAUUUUUCUCGUGGAGAUGCUAUUGCAAGACGCGGUCUAAAAUCUUGAAACCCUUUGAGGUGGGCCCUCAGAAAUUUUCAUUUCAAGAACUUCUCACCGCAACUGAUGGAUUUAAUGAAGCCAACUUACUAGGAGUUGGUAGCUUUGGAAAAGUGUUUAGAGGAGCUCUGAAGGAUGGCACGAUGGUUGCUAUCAAAGUUCUUAAUAUCAUUGAUGAAUAUGCACGCAAGAGUUUUGAUAGAGAGUGCAAUGUUUUAAGGAGAGUUCGUCAUAGAAAUCUUCUUAAAAUCAUAACUGCUUAUUCAGAUCCAGACAUGAAAGCCUUAAUAUUUCCUCUUGUCGCAAAUGGCAGCCUAGAUAAGUUCUUAUAUUCUGCAGGCGAAGAAAGUUCUCAAGGUCAACCGUGUCGCCUGGAUUUGACUCAAAGGCUGAGCAUUGCGCUGGAUGUUGCACAAGGCAUGGAGUACCUUCAUCACCGAUGUUUUGUGCAGGUCAUCCAUUGUGAUCUAAAGCCCAGUAAUGUGCUUCUUGGCGAGGACAUGACAGCCUAUUUGAUAGAUUUUGGCAUUUCAAGAUUGUGCCUAGGAAACUCCACGGAUUCAUACACUUCUACACAGGCGCUGAAAGGAUCCAUUGGAUACAUUGCUCCAGGUUUAAGUUCAGAUUGCUAGUAUAAAAUUUUAACUUUUUCCUUUUAGCAUAUU